AUGGCUCGCCGAGGGGAUACUCGCUCACCAUCACCUGUAGGCAGCACAUACUCUUCAUCACGACGGCGCCGAGAGGAUGAUCGUUAUGACAGAAGCAGGCGGGAUGAUGGGCGCAGCUACCGCCGAUCCCGCAGCCCAGAAGUAAGUCAGACGCAUUCCCAACCCACCUUGCACAGGCAAGUCGCUGACCUUGGCAACUCACAGCGUCGAUACCGCGGUGGCCGUGGAGAUCCUCGUGACAGAGAUGGGUACCGACGUCGCGAUCGCUCGGUAGACCGCCGCGAUGAAGACAGCUAUCGGCCUCCUCGCAGGGAGAGAUCUCGAGACCGCCGUCGAUCCCGAGACAGAAAUGACGAUCGUGAUUACCAUCGUGACAGAGAUAUUCGGCCCAGGCGAGAUGACUCCCGCGAGCGCGACCGCCGGAGAGCCGAUGAUUCUGCUGAUGUGAGACCCAAGUUUAGACGGGACGACAGUCGUGACCGUGCCUCAAGUCGACGGUCAAUGUCCAAAUCACGAGAGGUGAGCCACCCCAUCUAUGAUUCCGUGGUAGUAAAUGGGUCUAAUCGCACCCAGCAAUCAAAGCAAUCCACCCCAGCCCCCAGUGGUCCAACCGAUGACGAGAAGAAAAAAGCGGACCGACUAGCCAGAAUUGCGGCUUGGAAGCAAAAGCAAGCUGCCGAGCGCGAAAAGAACCAGCCAACGCAGGCAACCAGUGACCCUAAGAACGCACUGGACGCCAUUGACCGGAAAUCCGCCUUAUCGCCAGCUGCAGGUUCACCUCAGACCCCCGCCACGCCAGCUGAUACCGAACCUCCAGCUUCAUACCCUGGAAAAUUUGACCCAAAGGCCAUUGCCAAGUCAUCAUCCACGAAUUCGGCAGCUCCAGCUGUACUAGGUACUGAUGUUGCUCUGCCGAACUCUGCAAAGUCGUCAUUUGCCCCAGGUACCACCGCACCUCCUGCCAAGCUCUCUGGGCCUUUGAAAGCGAAGGGAAAUGUCAGUGGAUUUGGUCUUGGUGCGAAACAGGUAUCCGACGUAGAAAAACAGUCCGCACCUAAGACUUUGGGUUUCGGCGAUGAAGAAUCCACCCGCAAGAAACUCGAAAAACUCCCAACUCCACCGCUGGAUGACGCCGAUGGGCCCAGCGCACCGGGCGAUGAUGCCGCGGAGGACGAGGAUGUUGAAAUGCAGGAUGAAGGAACAGAAGAAGAUGCUGCUGCGGUUGCACGUGCAGCAGCUGAACGGCGAGACGAACGGCUGCAAAAUCAAGACAAAGACGCCGUCGCGGCGGAUAACGGAACAAAUGCUCAGGGUGACUCUAAUGCCAUGGAUGUUGACGAGGCCGAAGAAAUUGACCCUCUGGAUGCGUUCAUGUCUGAACUAGCAGGCGCACCACCCCCGAAGAAGACUGUCGGGGCUUCCUUCGCAAAGAGAAAGGCCACCCAACAACCUGAGGCGAUGUUUGGGGAUGAUGACGGCGUUGAUUUCACCCCAGUCGGAGACGAAGCUGCCGAGGAUGUCCUAGCCAUCGCGGCCAAUAAAAAGAAGAAGAGGGAGAUUCCUACCGUCGACCAUACCAAAUUGGAAUAUGAGCCAUUUCGGAAACAAUUCUAUACCGAGCCUGCACAUCUUGCCGAAAUGACGGAGGAGGAGGUUGCAAACUUGCGUCUUGAGCUUGAUGGGAUCAAGCUUCGUGGCUCCGGCGUCCCUACCCCAGUUCAGAAGUGGUCACAGUGUGGACUGGGCGUGCAGACACUUGAUGUCAUCCAGAAGCUUGGCUAUGACAAGCUCACUUCAAUCCAAGCGCAGGCGAUUCCCACAAUCAUGUCGGGUCGCGACGUUAUCGGUGUGGCGAAGACUGGAUCAGGUAAAACGGCGGCUUUCUUGAUUCCAAUGUUCCGACACAUCAAGGACCAAAGGCCACUGAGCGGAAUGGAUGGUCCCAUGGGUCUGAUCAUCUCUCCGACUCGUGAACUGGCUACCCAGAUUCACAAAGACUGCAAGCCCUUCUUGAAGGCUCUGGGUCUGCGCGCUGUUUGUGCCUAUGGAGGAGCUCCCAUCAAGGACCAGAUUGCGGAAUUGAAGCGAGGCGCAGAAAUUGUCGUAUGUACCGCCGGUCGUAUUAUCGAUCUUCUCGCUGCCAAUGGAGGCCGAGUUCUCAACUUGCGCCGUGUCACGUACGUCGUCAUUGAUGAGGCUGACCGCAUGUUUGACAUGGGCUUCGAACCUCAAGUCGUCAAGAUCAUGGCGGGCAUCCGACCGGACCGCCAGACUGUCCUCUUCUCCGCAACCUUCCCCAAGAACAUGGAAUCCAUGGCCCGUAAAACACUGAAUGACCCGGUUGAAAUCACCGUCGGAGGCCGAAGUGUUGUCGCUCCUGAAAUCACCCAGCUUGUUGAAGUCCGCAGCCAAGAGUCAAAGUUCGUCCGUCUGCUAGAGUUGCUGGGCAAUCUCUACUCGGACGACGAACAUGAAGACGACCGCACACUGAUUUUCGUCGAUCGCCAAGAGAACGCCGAUGAUCUGCUGAAGGAACUGAUGCGCAAAGGCUAUCCGUGCAUGUCGAUUCAUGGUGGAAAGGACCAGCUUGACCGUGACUCCACAAUUCAGGACUUCAAGGCUGGAAUCUUUCCUAUCUUGGUCGCGACCUCUGUGGCAGCUCGUGGGUUGGAUGUCAAGCAACUGAAACUCGUAGUUAAUUAUGACGCACCCAACCAUCUGGAAGAUUAUGUCCACCGUGCUGGCCGUACUGGUCGUGCUGGAAAUACCGGAACUGCGGUGACGUUCUUGACGGAAGACCAAGAUCGGUAUGCGAAUGAUAUUGCGAAGGCCCUUUGGCAAAGUGGGCAGGAGGUUCCUGAGCCGGUGCAAAAGCUUGUUGAUUCGUUCCAGGAGAAGAUCAAAUCUGGAAAGGAGAAGUCAAUGGUUGGUGGAUUCGGUGGUAAGGGUCUUGACCGGCUUGAUGACAAGCGCGCCAACGAGAGGAAGCGUGAACGGGCCUCUUACAAGACCGGUGAUGGCGAUGAUGACGAGCAGGAGGACAAGGAGACCAAGGAGGAAGAAACAGAGGAACGCUUCAACAAGGCGUUUUCAUCCGUCCAAUCCGCUGCGGCGCCUGCACCCGCUUCCUCGUCGCUUCCGGGCGUGCCCAAGGGCAUUGACCUGGACGGCAAGAUCACCGUCCACCGCACCGAAAAGGACUCCACGGGAGGCAAGAAUGCGCUUGACAAGGUUGGGUCAGCGGUGGCCGACAUUCAUGCACGUCUCAGCCGCGCCGGCGUGAUGAGAUCGGGCGUGCCCAUCGACAACCGUGGUCCAGAUGCAGGCGCCUUCCACGCGACAAUGGAAAUUAAUGACUUCCCCCAAAAAGCACGUUGGGCUGUUACCAACCGCACAAACGUGGCCAAGAUCUUGGAAUCUUCCGGAACCUCGAUUACCACAAAGGGCAAUUUCUACGCAAAUGGAAAGGAGCCCGCUGUGGGAGAGCUUCCCAAGCUGUACAUUCUGGUUGAGGGUGAGACGGAAAUUUCGGUUACCAACGCCAUGCGGGAGCUCAUGCGUCUGCUGAAGGAGGGUACUAUUGCAGCUGCCGACAGCGAGGCUCGUGCUCCUGCCAGUGGCCGCUACAAUGUUGUUUAA